AUGGCGGAACACCGUGUAAGCAAGAGGCUGAGAAAUUACGUCACCAACAAGGAACAACCAGAAUUCACCGGCAAAAGUCUCAGGAAAAUUCGAGUCAUCUGCUCCGACCCUGAAGCCACCGAUUCAUCAUCGGAUGAAGCUGACAGCGGAGAGCGAUCAUCGCCACGCCGAAUUGUUUGCGAAAUUGUGAUUGGGGUCAAAUCUGAAGAAGCCGAGGAACCUGUGGAGCGGAAGGAUUCGGCGGAUCAAACCGGAAAGAAGAAAUUAACCGGAGUUCGAUUGCGAAAGUGGGGUAAAUGGGCGGCUGAGAUCCGUGACCCUUUUAGCAGAAAAAGAAUUUGGUUGGGCACAUAUAACACCGCGGAAGAAGCAUCGAAAGCAUAUACGACCAAAAAACAGGAGUUUCAAGCAAGAUUGUCGGCUUCUGCCCCAAUUCGACCCAAAUCCGAUGGCGAAUCGUCGACACAGGUUUCUCAGGAGGCCGAUCAUUACUCUACGGAGGGGGAGGAGAAGGAGACGCGUGUGUCGGGUCGGGUCGUUCCGGAUCACGCCCCAAUUGCGAAAUCGAAAGUGGUUCAUUGGAAGAAGUGGGAUAGAUGGGGUGCCAAUGUUCAUAACCCGGUAACCAAUCCAAACAUCCAGUCUGAUGAUACAUGUGAUGCUGAAGAAGAGGCUUCAAAUACACUCCAAUCGAUGAAGAUGGGUUUGAUGCCGGGUUACAUGGCCCCAUUCAGAUCAGAAAGUGGCUCAUCUCGUAAAUCCUCAAAGACCGAGACCAGCGGUGGCGGUGGUGGUGGUGUUGGUGAUGAAACAAUCAGCGGCACCACCACCACCACAAUCACUACCACCACCACCACAACUUCCAUUGAAGUAUCCACAGAUGAGAAAGGAGGAAACACAACUACGGAGGAAGGUCAAUUAAGUGAAAAUGUAGAUACAGAAGAAGGAAACAAGCCACCAUGGUUGGGUUUGGGAAUCGCGAUUGUACAUGUUUUUAAUUCUGCAACAGUCACUGGUAUACGAAUAUCAUUUGUUGAGUCUUUCCUGCUUUCCCAAUUUACAUUCUUUGAACUUUAUACAUUGAAAGAUAAUAAACUGAAGAAGACAAUAUGUUCAUCAAAAGCCAGCUUGCUCCACCAUUUUUGGGAGUCUUCAAACAUUUGUGAGUUGGCUAUUAUCCAAUUGCUACAUCUAUUUGGUUGAUUUGUUGCAAGGGCUAAAAUGAUCACUUCUUUCAGAUGCAGCGUUGCAAAUCCAAAUAUGGUGUAUGGACCAAACAAAAUCAACAUCCGUCUAAGGAUAUUGGUCAAUGCUUGAAUUGUAUGUAUGACUCACAACACAACUCAGAAACACUCUUCUCAACAUUUUGAAAAACUCGUAUCAAGCUUAUAAAAAGCAGUUAGGGUUUCAAAUGAGUCCAAGAUGAGAUAAUUAAGCCUAUGGAGGACGGAGUUGCUGCUGCUGCUAGUCCCUUCAGACAAGGCUUUAUGCAGUUCUAUCACUGAGGGGCAGAUUUAAAGAGGGAACUAUGGGGACAUGUUACCUAAAGAUUGAAUUUUUUUUUUUUUUUUUGUAUGGAAUAAAUUGAAAUUUGAUUUCAGUUUUGUUCUUUUUAAGAUUGGUGCCG